CACGCAGCCAUUCCAUGCGGCCGGGUCAUGAUAACGGAUGGACCCUUGGAUUGAUUAUGUGUGGCUCGGCGAUCGCACUAUUCCCUCCGCACACCUGUUAAUCCUAAGGGAAAGGACGCAGUUGUCUCCUAGGAAAGCCUUCCAUCCAGGACAAUGACUACGGAGGCAAUGGAGCGGGAUGCGAAUCAAGUCCAGAGGGUCGGGGCGAGUCCUGGGACCUUGUUAGGUGCGUCGGCGCCCGCUUCGCCCUUUUUCAUAGCACCGAGAUCUAGAGGCUUGGAGCUCUCCCAGCGAUUCGAUACUCCCAUCCAGCAUGCCUCGACAAAGGCUUGACUUCAGUCCACCACUUCGCUUAAUCACGGUUCUUGCGGUGUACACACGGAAGACGGUGUCGAAAUUGCAUAUUCCUCCAGCACAACAUUGCACUGCAUCAUUUGCUUUGGACUCUCAGACCCCCUCAGUCGCAACGGGAGUGUAGCACACCGUCGUUGGACGCAAAAGCUUGCGCUGUACGACAAUUCUCUUUUCAGUCUAACAGGAUCUUGGGAGCUCCGGCUUCCGUCCGUGUCAAAUGACUGCGCUGCUGUCAACUGGAGAAGGUGUCCAACCUUGGAUUGCCGUCGGUCGGCGAACCGACAUCUUCUGUGUGCGGAUCUCUACCAGGUUCUGCAAGGAGAUUGGGCUGCGAAGGUGUCAAGAUGGUUAUCAUCGCACUUGUCCAGUCUUUUGCCUUUUCUUUCAUCUCUGUCGCAGUGCAGAUGUUCUGUCCAGCUCUUAAUGCUCAAUGGCUAGCUUGAAGGCACAGCCAGCGUUGCACCGAGUCUCACACUUCAACAAGUGUUGCCCAAUGUCCGCACAAAGCAAAAACUUCCUUGCGACUUGCAGAGAGGCUUUCCAAGGCUCCAUGUGUUGGACACUCUCCCUUCCUUCGAGAGGCGACCAUCACUUUGUUCUUUCGCUUCGAGCAAGGGACUGGGAUCCUGUUUGUGGCCGCACUUCAUUCAGUGUAUUUGCGAGGAGGGCUUUGGAAAUUGCUUCGUGCGCCGAAGAUCAUGCACUGCAGACAAUCCGACGCAAGCGAGCCAGGAAGUGCUAGCAUGUUUGUGCUCAAGGAAGGAAAGACUGAAUUGAGAGAAUUCCAACGCACAAAAUUCAGGUUGUUGCCCGCAUGAGGGCGGACACCAAGCAUUAUACUGUCCUUCAUCAAUCCUUAAUCGGGUCUGAAUUUCCUCAAGGCUGUCCAAGAAUAGGAUCUGCGCGGGUCUGGACUGAUAUCGGGGAUCCUGUGGCAUCGCCAUUAACCGAGUCCUGGGGUGCCAUAUCUCCAAAACGCAACCAGGGCCUCAAUCUUGGAGAGCUUGCAACAUAUUCGUGGGUUACACCAUCGUUUACGCAGUGAGGACGGCGGUUCAGGUUACCGUCGCACUAGAAGGUAUAGAAGGCGCGUGUCGCUUGAUAUCAGCGUCCAGAUUACCCUGUGUCCCUUCUCCAUGUCACCCACGAGUGGUGGCCUGUACAAGCAAGGUUGAGGUUGAAUAUUUUGAGCGACGAGGGCCGAUAACAAGAGGCAGGAUCGACCAACACUGCGGCGCAAAACGCACUCACGGAUCUGCUUUGGAUGGUAAGGAGCCGAGACUAUCAUUUCGAAGUUCACCCUGCCUUAUAAGGCUGGAGGUCAAGCCCCUGCGAUGUUGAAACUGAGAUCACGCCGGGAGAACGGACGACAGCCCGUCACCAAAAACGGGUGAACCGAAUGGCUGGGUACAAACCUGAGAAAGCUGUCCUACACACGGGCUGAAAGCCAGCGACUUGCCAUUGCCAGCUCCACCUGCAAGGAAUUCCAGUUGUUGCUUUACGCGGCUGCCGAGUCAUCAACAACACGCGCCCCGUUGUCCAAGCAACUGGCUCCUUUCACAAACAGCAUAACCGAGCCAUUGCAGAUGACCCUUUCACGAUCAGCAGCCCAGAAACAGAUCGGUAAGCAUCCGAAGGGAUGGUGGCCACGUGUGGACAACUUCAGGUGAUUGGGCGGCCAACUGGAGGAGGGUUGCACAGGUCAUUGUGCUACGCCAUGGCCCUCUCCAUGAUUGCUUCGAGAACUCGACCAGGCUGAUGAUACAGGCACAGAAGAUGAACGUGGCACAAGAGGAGCAAAUGAUGAGCAAGAUUGGCUGUUCUUGUGCCCAUAGGACAGAGAGGUUGCACCUUCGACUUCAACUGACUCGCACGGUGAGGGCUGUUCUCGGAACCGUUUGUCUUGUCGUCGUCAGGCGCGGACGCCAGGGCGAAGGAGCUCGAGAGGUCAAGGCCGGGAUAGAUUUGCCCGAAAGAGGAACAAUCGAAGGAUGGCGAAAGUGGGGGUCGCGGGGUCAAGCAGCCGCCAAUCAGGGCUCGCCAAUGGGUCCAAUCCGUUAUCGCCGUAUCAAUCUGGGGCUAAACCCCUUGCGGCAAGGCUGUCCGUGCAGCCAACCGCCGGCCUUUGCAUUCUGACGACCAGCAUCGUCCCUCGCUCCAUCUACCUGCUUGUUCGGAUCCCUGGAUGGCCAGUCAAGUCGGCCCUGGAUCUGGCUGCCCUCUGCCGAUCCGUCCUCUUCUCCUUUGGGCUCAUGCACCAGCCGUUCUGCGAGGGCCACCUUCUGUAGGUAGGUUGCUCGCUGACCUGUCACGAACCACUGCGAUCACCCUCGUCGAGGAUAGGCUCCGCCCCCCGGUACCUGUCAAGCCAUUCUAACGGUCGUUGGAUUCAAAGUACCUGGUCUGAGCUAUCUGGGCUGAUAGCUCUAUACACUCGCCAAUGAGCGGUGGGGUUCACAAUUGGCCACAGCCGCGGUCCCUGCUUGCUCUACGCCCAUUUGAGCUCACUUCUCCCUACAGACAACAUCAUCAAACCCCCCUCUGGUUUCCCCAAUUUCACAUCGCUUGCUGCAAGCUCAAUCUUUCUAACAUUUUACCUGCCCUUCCUGCGCCUUGAUUCUACAAUCAGGUCCUGUCUUACCGCUAGCCUGAACGCUGCUUAGCCUCGGUGGUGUGACUUGACCCAUUAUCUUUAUUUUUGCUUGCAUUUUGUCCUGUUCGGGAGAUCUUCAAGGUCCGCGGUCGAUAUUUAUACCAGCGCCAUUUCGCCGUCCCUGGCAUUGAUUGUCAACAAGCGGCACUUGGCUUUUGCGCGCUUGUGGUGACAUACGCCGCUUGGCUAUUGUUGGUGGUCGUGGCUUCCAACUUCCCUGAGACGUCAAGCCCAGCCUGUUCCUGCCCCAGAUCGAUCUGUCAAGUGGCCGUUGGUUGUACAUAUACCGCGCGCUUCCCUUCGCCCUUGCACUCGGUAUAUCUUUCUCAACUCGUCAGAGAUGGGGUCGUUCCAGGAUGAGCGAACCCUGCUCUACUUGGGUCUCGCUAUUUGCGUCGGCAUCAUCACCUACCUGAGCCUCAGUCAACGUCAGAAAGAAGUCGUCUUCAGAAGGUUGGCGUUACGCGGUCGUCGUACGUCAAGUGCAGACACGCCGCCUCGUUCCCUCUCGCCAGAGAAGAAGGAACCCAACAACUCACCACCCAAGUCUUCCGAGUAUGUCAACACCUUUCCACCGUUGACCAGAGAAAACCUUCUGGAAGCCGCUGCCUCGCUACCCGAAGUUCGCCGCCUGAUUCUGCAGAAUGCGACAUUCGACGAGAAGAACUGGACGAAAUCCGUUCUCGAGUUUGGCGAGGACUUCCGCAAGGCUGAUUCCGACAAAUAUGUCUUCACUGGCUACAAGAUCGAAGAAAUUCGAGCGCUAGGAGAUUUCCCCGAUUAUGCUGCCCUCAGUGGUGUCCCACUCCCAAAGCCAUACCAUGAUCACGACGUCAAUAAAGCACUUCCACGACCAUACCGACCUUUCCGAUGGGCUUACCACCAGACCAUGUCACUUACCAAGAUGGAGCCAGACUGGUGGCUGGAACUGGAAAACACCUACGCCACCCGAAUUGCUCAGCGUAAAAAGCUGUACGCCGAACAUGGCGAGGCGGUCCUCCAGUGGCUGCCUGGUUCCGAACUGGCCUGCAAAGAACUCAUGGAAAUGGCUCUCCAGUUCCUUUGCGCCCGGUACCCACAGUACUUCCGGCUUCACUCUGACAAGAAGACGUUUGAGAACAAGAUCCUGGGCACCAAGCAGGACGUCUCGGCCAAGCAUCCUCUUCUGGUCCUACUGGACAACGUCCCCGAAGACUUCGCCAUCACGCUGCGAAACCCAGAGACUGGGUACUACCACUUCCGGGCAGGAAUGAUCUGCUCGGCACUGGGGUGGAAUGUCGGGACCAAGAUCGGAUUGCAGUUGCACCAGAUCCACGCGCCGAUCCCCGACUACAAGGAAAAGAUGCAAUUUAGCAUGGAUCGAUUCUUCACCAAGAUGCCCUCGCCCAAACCCAUCCAGCGGGGCUCCUGGGGCCUUGAAGUCGACCAGCCACUGUACAUGCCACCGGGCGACCCGCACGAAAAAUACCGCGACUUCCAAUCGCCCGACCUCGACCUGUCACGCAUCCAUCUGCGUGUCGACUGGCAGACGCUCCGCCGCCUACCCCUGUCGGGUGGCAUCGUCUUCAACUUCAAGGCGCUGUUCACUCCCGUGUCGGAGUUCCGCGACGAGCCGUACAUCCCCAGCCUGGUGCUGAAGGUGCUCAAGGACGGCAAGGAGAACCUUAUGAAGUACAAGAACACGUGGCACGUCGAGCACGUGGUGAUCCCUGCGCUGGAGGAGUACGAGCGCGAGCAGAUCCAGAAGGGGCUCGUAGAGAAGGAUUGGCAGCAUCACACGCUGGACGAGAGCCCUUGGUUCCCGGGCUGGAAGGAGAAGUGGGUGAGGCAGCAGGGGUUUGGAGAUGUUGAGUAGCCAACUCGAGGGGGUUACCCGCAAGAUGUGUUGUUGCUGUGGACGCGGCUGUCUAUUAAGGAGUGAGGCACAACCUCCAAGGACAAACGCGAAGAAUAUAGAAACGCCUGCAAGCGGUUGAAGAAAGAGGGGGAAAGAUGGCAACCAUACCGACACCAAUGAGUAUAUCCAGACAGGACCCUACACAACGACACAACUACCACCAUCAACCCCUACGCACACGAAACACAGACAUAAAAGAGAAGGCAAAAUGAUUUAGAGCUCAUCGACAUGCGAUACGGAUACUUUGGAGGUUGAGAUUUCCACUUCUUCCUCCCUUUUCUUCAUUCAUGGCUAGGAACUGGGGAGCGAACCAUUCUUUUUCCUUGGUAGCAUACCUAUCUACCUACAUACAUAAUCCGCAUUGCGAACGAAAGUUGGCGCG